GUGUAAUGUGGAUACUGUGUGAGACAGUAUAGUGUUUGUAUGUGUGAGAAAGAGAGUAUGUACGUAGUGUGUGUGUAUAGUGUCAGUGUGCAGUGGGUGUGUUCUGAGGGAUGGCAGUUGUUAAAAUACUGGCAAUCACAAUCAAAUGUAAUCGUAUUCUAAAUGAUAUUCAAAUCACAUUUAUGUUAAUGUAUGUCUUAUACACUGUGUGCCCUAUAAGCAUAAUUACUUUGCACUCCGCACCCUCUCCUCUGCAAAUGAAGCGAUUUGUUUUCCACAUUAGUAAAUCAGCAGGUUGAAAGCUAUUGUAAAUCAAUGUUUUCAUUAUACAUGUGAUGCUCAAUACUAUUGUUGAAUAAGAGGAAAAAGGUAAAAUCUGGAUCCUGGUUUUUUUGGUCCCCAGCCCUCAAAUUCCACUGGGCAUAUACACAACAAAUUCAGCUACUCCAACUGCACCAAACUAACAAACCUUAAUGCAUCCCAAUACAACAGCAUCUCAAACUCUGAUCUGGCACCUUGAUCCAGUUUGAUCCAGUGAGUUUUUAUGCUGGGAUCCAAAUUAUUCUGAUGGACCAGGAGAAGCUGCAUGUGUCCUGAGUUCAGACAGCAGAACAAGGUAUGUACCCAAAAAAUUAGCAGGAUCCAGGUUCCAGUUGAAUUUGCAGCUUUCUUGUACCAGGAUGUGUUGGGAUCCAGUUUGGUGGAAUAGUAGAAGCAAGACUCGCUCUCUGUUUUGAGGCACAGUUUAUUUUGGGGUGGACAGAAACAAGAUCUGUGUUUUAAUGGCGCUGUUGAGCUGGGAGGAUGCAUCAGGAUCUGGCGUUUGAGCGGGUACAACAGGAACAGCUAAACAUGCUCGUUAUUCAUAUGGUAGAAUUAGGGUUAGUGGGGUAAAAAUGUAGCUGGAUGCGGGGCUCUGCAGGGCUGCUGUGCCCUGAUGCAAUGUGCUUCGCGUUCCAGCGGCACAGACAUUGGCUCUCUCUGUUCAGAUUUUAAGGGUAGGGGGAGAGCCCCAAAUCGGCGGGAUCCAGCUUCCUACCUUUUCCCGUCUGAUGGGAGGUUUUUGACUUUCCCUCGCUGGCUAACACGUGCUGGGGUGGGGCGCACGGCUCCCACGAAAGAUCCCAACACUUCCCAGGGAUCUGUGUCAGGUGAUUUAUUUUAAUUGUCCCCAGCGGUAAAUACACACACACGGCAACAGAGCAAGUACUCAGCCCCGAAGUCUGAUCUGAGGCCAGGGCUGGCUGGAGUACCAGCGCCCAGGAUCGUUGAUGUUCCCAGUCCCAUCCCAGCGGCGGCUUCACUUGCUGGUGCUUGAGGUCUCUGGCAGCCUCCUGUCUCGCACCGCUCGCUCUUGGUGUCCUCGGACAGCCCCCCGGGGGGUGGGGGAGGCUAAGUCCUGGGGGGCGGCGCUGUGUCCGCAGUGGAGGUGCGCACAGCCCAGCCGGAGCUGGGACGCGGCGGCCAAGGGGCUGGGGAAAUCCAAUGGGGAGGGCGCCUCUGCGUGCCUAAGCCCGCCCACCUCUGCCUGCGCAUCUUCCCCCAGCCGCGCCGAGCCGGGCCGGGCCGAUCCGAGCCGGGCCGGGGGGCUCGCUGCGGGAGCCGCAGAGACGCGUGGAUGGGCAGCUCAGCUCCGCGCCGGGACCAGCCGCACCCUCCCCCAGGUACCCCUUCUUACUUGGUGAGACAAAAUAUUUCUGGAAGUGCCUUCUCUGGAAGCUGCUCUUUCCAGAAAUGACAUUUCAAUGCCAGUUUAUCAGCAUAACCAGUGCACCUGCUGUGGCAGAGUAGGAAGUGUUUCUGGAACUGAUGUAGAUCUUAAGGAGGAACUUUGCAUCACUACAGGUGCAAUGUAAUCUUAUGGAUUAGUGCCUUGGAAACCAGCAACAGAACUACUGUGUUCAAAAUGGUUUAUGGUGGAUUUUUCCAUAGACCUGGGAAAGAUGAGGAACUUAUCCACUUGAAUGUGGGUGGCUUUAAGCAAUCAGUUGAUCAAAGUACUUUGCUCCGAUUUCCCCAGACCAGACUUGGAAAACUGCUCAAAUGCCAUUCUGAAGAGGCUAUCCUGGAACUGUGUGAUGAUUACAGUGAUGCAGACAAGGAAUAUUACUUUGAUAGGAACCCCUCUUUGUUUAGAUAUGUUUUGAAUUUUUACUAUACAGGUAAACUGCAUGUCAUGGAGGAACUUUGUAUCUUCUCCUUCUGUCAGGAAAUAGAGUACUGGGGGAUCAACGAGCUGUUCAUUGAUUCUUGCUGUAGCAAUAGGUAUCAAGAAAGAAAAGAAGAAGGUCAAGAUAAGGACUGGGAUAAGAAAAGCAAUGACAGAAGUAUAGACUCUUCCAGUGAAGAAUCAUCCAUAUUUGAUAAAGAGCUGGAGAAAUUUGAUAAACUGUGGCUUGGUGAAAUACGAAAGAAAGUAUGGAUCAGAAUGGAAAACCCUGGGUACUGCUUAUCAGCAAAGUUAGUUGCAAUUUCCUCCCUGAGCGUAGUGCUAGCAUCAAUUGUAGCCAUGUGCAUCCACAGCAUGCCAGAGUUCCAAAGGCGGGAUGCCAAUGACAGAGAGAUUGAGGACCCUGUUUUGGAAGCUGUGGAGAUAGCAUGCAUCGUCUGGUUCACCGUUGAGUUAGUGAUAAGGCUCGCCGCAGCUCCAAGUCUAAAGAAGUUCUGGAAAAACCCUCUGAAUGUCAUAGAUCUUGUCUCUAUUAUUCCAUUUUAUGCUACCUUGGCUGUGGACACAAAGAAAGAAGAAAGCGAAGACAUUGAGAAUAUGGGGAAAGUGGUUCAGAUCCUACGGCUAAUGAGGAUAUUUCGCAUCCUGAAACUGGCAAGGCACUCUGUAGGACUGCGGUCUUUAGGUGCCACUUUGAGACAUAGUUACCGUGAAGUUGGACUUUUGCUUCUGUUUCUGUCUGUCGGGAUUUCUAUAUUCUCUGUUUUGGUCUACUCAGUGGAAAAAGACGACAAUGAAUCAGAACUGCACAGCAUCCCGGUCUGCUGGUGGUGGGCAACUAUCAGCAUGACCACUGUCGGCUAUGGAGACACUUUCCCAGUCACCGUGCUGGGAAAGUUCAUUGGUAGCAUUUGUAUUCUCUGUGGAAUAUUAGUGGUGGCCCUUCCAAUCACUAUAAUUUUCAACAAGUUUUCUAAAUACUAUCAAAAGCAAAAGGAUAUUGAUAUAGACCAGUCCAACAAUGAUCACAAAGAGAAAUGUAAUGAGCUACCUUAUUUUAACGUUAGGGAUAUUUAUGCAAAAAGGAUGCACUCCUUCAUUUCUAGCCUUUCUUCAGUAGGGAUUAUAGCCAGCGAUCAAGAUUCAACAGACGCCUCCAGCAUCCAAGAUAUUGAGGAUGUUUAUAACAUGACAUCCGUAGAGAAUGGUACUGGAAAAUGAGUUGAAUCACUCUCUCCUUUAUUUCUGUUUUCAGAUAUUUGGUCAAUGUGGAUUUAUAAACUCCAGUGAAUUUAAGAGCACUUAAUUCUCAGGGUACUUAACUCUCAGCCAUAUUUGGACAUUCUUUGCUCUUAUGUUGUCACACAAGCUUUAUUGUUUAGAUGAGGCUUAAAAAUAUACCUCACAUGGCAAUUUAGUUUUCACAUGACUAGUGCUAUGCG